AACUUUGAAUACCCGACGGACCCAAUCCAAUUCAACCGUUUCAACCCGCUAUUUUUGGUUUGAGGGCAGAUUGGAUCGGAUUGACUUCUUCAUCCCAAAAUUUUCCUUUUUGUUGGUUGGUUUUCGAUACCUGAUUCAAAUGAUCUAACUCUUCUUUUGCUUUUUGUCAUCUGCGAUCUGCUCCAAAUUCGACUUGCUGUGGCAACGCUCCACUCCACUCCACUCUUAAACGACUUACUUGGUCGAUGCUCCUCCGGAAGCUUCCUUGGUCGCCGGUGACACCUCCAGAUACUCGAUGCGCUCAAAUCAUUUUCUAGAAGUUGAAUCUCGGGUUAUUGCUGUAUUUGUUUCAAUAUUACUCAGUUCAACAAGGAAUUGAAGGCCAAUCCAUAUUCUAAGGGAUGCUGCCUGCGUCAAUUAGUACCUUAUUCUAGAGAAUUUUGGAUUUGAAGUUCUAUAGUUUGGGAUUUUUCUUUCAAUGGAAAUUGAUUUACAUGUUAAGUUUAGGAUUGGAUCAAAUCGGACCAUGCUUUUGUUGUAUGAAUGACAUUAAUCCAAGUAAUGCCAUUCAUUCAUUUGGAUAGUUCAUUCAUUUGAAGAGAGAGAAAUUGUGUAAUUAAUCUUUGUGUGAGAGAAAAUUGUGUAUUAAUCUUUGUGCAGAUAUAAUUACUGAAUUAUUUGGGAGGAUGAGAGAAUGUUUUAGCAUGCUUCUUAUUUGGGAGGAUGAGAGAAUAUCUGCUGAAUUAAAAGUAUUAAUUAUAAAAUUAAUGGAUUUUAAUGGUACUUCUAUUACGUAGAAGUCUCAUUUAGCCAAUAUAAUAUUUUAAUUGUAUUACUAUUUUUUAAUAUUUUUAAAACAUAACUGUUAUAAUAUUUUAAAUAUGAUUAUAUGUGAUUAAUUAUUUUUUUAUUAUAAUUUUAAUGGAUCUUACUGGGUAACUUUAUAAAAAUUAUUGCAUCUAUGAAUUUAAAAAAAAAAUAGUAAUUUGUAUGAAAAAACUGUGAAUAUGAUAUUUUAUCAUUAAAAAAAAUCAAUUCAAAUAUAGAAAAGUCAGCUAUCAUGAUCGCAUGUUUUAGCUAAAUGAAAAGCCAUCCAAACAACCAAAUAUCCAUUCAAUUUUAACCGUCGGGUUGGAUUGGUCAUGCUAAAUAUUCAAUCAAAUUAAGAUCAUUCUAGAUAGGGUCGGUUCGAAGACAAAUUUCCUUCAAAAUCGACCCAUGCACAACCCUAAUUACUAAUUUCUUUCUCCUCCAGCCCUUCUCUUCGAGCCCUACUCAUUGGUGCCACCAUCUUCCCUUCUCCACUUCUCCUCUAGCCCUUCUCCUCCAACCCUUUUCAGCGGCGUGACCAGCCAAUAUUUUAAUUGAAGCAUCAGCAGGUCGACGGCGAAGGAAAUUGGAGCAGAUUUUGUGAAAUAUGUCAGGGCAAGGCCAGCGCUUAAAUGUAGUUCCAACUGUUACCAUGCUUGCUGUUGUUAAAGCUCGCCUUAUUGGUGCUACAAGAGGUCAUGCUUUGCUCAAGAAGAAGAGCGAUGCUUUAACCGUGCAGUUCCGCCAAAUUCUUAAGAAGAUUGUCACUACAAAAGAAUCAAUGGGAGAUAUUAUGAAAACCUCUUCAUUUUCCCUGACUGAAGCAAAGUAUGUUGCUGGUGAAAACAUCAAGCAUGCUGUCCUUGAGAAUGUCCAAAAUGCAUCUAUUAAGGUUCGAUCCCGGCAAGAGAAUGUUGCCGGUGUGAAGCUUCCUAAGUUCGAGUAUUUCUCAGAUGGUGAGACAAAGAAUGACCUCACAGGAUUGGCCAGAGGUGGUCAACAGGUCCAGGCCUGCCGUGCUGCGUAUGUCAAAGCAAUCGAGCUUCUUGUUGAGCUUGCUUCACUUCAAACAUCAUUUUUGACACUCGAUGAGGCAAUCAAGACCACUAAUCGGAGGGUCAAUGCGCUAGAGAACGUUGUGAAGCCAAGAUUGGAAAAUACUAUUAGUUACAUAAAGGGGGAGUUGGAUGAGCUCGAAAGGGAAGAUUUCUUCAGGUUAAAAAAGAUACAAGGUUAUAAAAAGAGGGAAAUUGAGAAACAGCUUGUUGCUGCCAGACAAUUUACAGAGGAACAGUUUCAAGAGAAAGUUUCUCUACAGAAAGGAAGAUCACUGAAAUCAGGUCACAACUUGUUGUCUGCGAGAACGGGGAAGGAUGAGGAUAUAAUUUUCUGAAUAUGGAGGUUAGUACAUAUUUUUUAGGUUGUGUAGCUCAGGUCUAUUGCUUUUUGUUAUUCAAUUAAAGGCGUAAUGUAUGGUUUUAUUUAUUGUUUGUUA